UUCGCGCAUGCUCAGCCCGUCACAAUAAGUCAAGUCUAGUCAGCAUAACACGACCCUGAUUCCCUACAGUUCCUGUCUUAUACUGAUCUGACCAACCACCAGUUUGUUGCUGCUUGUGUCCCCAGUAAUAAUUAUACUUCAAUUUCUGCAACUGAAAAAAAGCUAUCUGAGCUGAGGAGCUACCAGUAUGGGAAAUGCUUUUCGUCUCCAACCAGGGCCUGCUCUGUACCCGCCCAAUGCUACCCCCUUCUUGAAUGACGUAGAGGAAGUCGGUAUCGGGGUUGCCUUCUGCAUCAUCGCCUUCUCCUUCAUUCUCAUCAUCCCUGGUAUAAGAGGAUGGGAGCGUCUUUAUUCUACCAUUCGAGUCUUUGUUGCCCUCUGGAUUGGAUGUUCUAUCCUUGUUUGCAGCUAUGGUUACACCUGGCACACUGCUGAUAUCUGUGUCCGCACUCAGUACAAAGGAUACAUCUUCCCUCCCAACACUCCUCAAGAGAUCGAGGCUGCUGUGGGUCUUCAUAUUGGUCUCCGUGGAUUCAACGUCACCCUCUAUGAGCUCCCCUAUUCGAUCUGCAAUGGGUCUGACGUAGAUGUAAACAAUUACAUGAACAAUCGACCUUUUCCUGAAGAGGUUAUCAAUUACAACAAUGAAUUUGGUUGGAACAACCCGUGGGCUCAGGGUCGAGUCGGUUUUGGGAUAUUUGCUAGUGAAGUGAGUCAAGAGUUUCGUGCAGCUGAGUUUCGUGGUUUACCCUAUCCCAUCCUCUGGAUUGCUGAGUACUUCACUCUUGACGGGGAGCAGAUCCGUUGGUUCAGAAAGUUCCGACAGGCAGGCUGGUAUGCCCACAUUCUUUUAUGGCUUGCAUUUGCCACUUACCUCGUCUCGAUGAUUCUGUUUAUCUUUGUGAUAUCCACUGGUGCCUUGUUUAUGCUCUACUCUGGCUUGUUCAUGGUAUUUGCAUCCUUUGCCUACUCGAUCAUCAUCAUAAACGAUCCGCAAUUUAGUAUCCCUUUUGCCGACAUUGAAGGGAGAAGGGUUAACUUGGAGACACACUUUGGCUGGGCUUGGAUCCUUAACCUUUGUACUGGAUGUGCAACUGUUGUCCUAGCUACUCUUGUGUUAGUCCUGAACUUCUUCCUCCCCCGUGAGAUAGCCACCUUCUUCCAUCACACCAUUGUCGAGGAGGAUGAGUUCUUCCAGAUUGACGAGGAAGAGGAAGGAGAGAAAGGAGCUGAUUUCGGAGUUUCUACUCGCCGUGGAGGGACCACCCGAGGCCGUACAGUACGUAGGGGAGUGUCCAAAUAUCGUCAGACCACCCGCAAGGCUCGCAGCACUAUUCGUUCCACUCGUGGAGGCUCUCAACGUCUCAACGAUGAGAUCCAGUUGCAGGAGGUGCCAGCAGCUGCUCAGUCUUAAACUCUCUGGCUCCCUACUAAACUGAAACUGAAACUGUGUAGAUAUUCGAUUUUAACUGCUGUAUAUAGCUAGAGUACUUUUAGUUUAUUGGAACACAUUGUUGUGCUGAUACGAUUCUCAAAGAAAAUGUUGGUUAUCCAAA